AUGUCCAAAUCCUCCCAGGACACAGCAGCGAGUGCUGUCGCAGUCCACAGUGAAGAGACGAAAAUAGAUAUGCAUUGUUGCCACAUGUUGUCAUUCAAACGAAACCCCAAACUUUCAAUUUCAACUUUCUACAUCGUCUUCAGGAUCCUGCUUACGAGCCAUCGGCAGCUAGGGGUGUCAUUCAUCAAAAUCAGCGGCCCCGAUGUUCCCAAACUGCGCAUCGAGUGCGAGGCCGUGAAGACCGGCAGGGCUCUGGUCGAUGGCCUACUGGAAGAACGCAUCCAGGUGCAACCCUGCACGCGUCCAGCACAAGUCACCGUCGAGAUCUACAACGCUCGCACCACGUUUACCGCCGAGGACAUCCUCUCCGCACCGACGUCCAUCGGCUGGGACGACGAGACCGUCCCGCUCACCAUUGAUCAGCGCACAGGAUGGGUGAUGCGAUGGGACGACGAGGAGAGAGUGGUCUACCUGCGGGAGCUGCUGCACGCUGCCCGAAACCAGGUCGACGAUGGGCACAAGCUCUAG